UGGUGAUUUCACGCCACGUCAGCAUAUUGCGAAGCUGAGAUCCCCAUUUUACUGAGUAGUAACACUACUUAAAUAACACAGUAACACACGCUCGUCUUCUUCUUCUUCUUCUUCUUCUCACUUCUCAGUUCCGAUGGCAACGAUGCGAGCGUUACUCAAGAAAACCGUCGCAAUAGCCAAGCCUAGCAAUUCGCGACCUUACGCUUCUUCCAUUGGAACUUACGCCGCAGCCACCGCAAACGCUGUUGAGCCGCCACAACUUCCGCCCUUCGAUUACCAGCCCCGGCCCUACCAUGGACCUUCCGCCGAUGAAGUCUUGGCCAAGCGCAAAAAAUACCUCGGUCCUUCCUUGUUCUACUACUAUCAGAAACCUCUGAAUAUUGUGGAGGGGAAAAUGCAGUAUCUUUUUGACGAUAGUGGAAGGCGUUAUCUUGAUGCUUUUGCUGGCAUAGUUACUGUUUCUUGCGGACACUGCCAUCCUCAAGUUUUAAAUGCUAUCACAGAGCAGAACAAGCUUCUGCAACAUGCUACUACCAUAUAUCUACACCAUGCAAUUGCUGAUUUUGCUGAGGCCUUGGCCCAAAAGAUGCCUGGAAACCUUAAGGUUGUUUAUUUUGUAAAUUCCGGCUCAGAGGCAAACGAAUUGGCAAUGAUGAUGGCUCGUUUAUACACUGGUAAUCUUGGUAUGAUUUCUUUGAGGAAUGCAUAUCAUGGGGGAAGUUCUAGUACAAUUGGCCUGACUGCUCUCAACACCUGGAAGUACCCUAUUCCAGAGGGUGAAAUUCAUCAUGUUAUGAAUCCGGAUCCAUACCGUGGAAUCUUUGGCCCUGAUGCUAAGAGUUAUGCCAAAGAUGUUCAAGAUCAUAUUGACUAUGGAACUUCAGGAAGAGUUGCUGGAUUUAUUGCUGAAACAAUUCAGGGAGUUGGAGGAGCAGUUGAACUAGCACCUGGAUACUUAAAUCUUGUCUAUGACAUUGUACGGAAGUCUGGUGGUGUCUGCAUUGCUGAUGAAGUGCAAACUGGGUUUGGUCGUACAGGAAGCCACUAUUGGGGAUUUGAGACACAAGGUGUCAUUCCUGACAUAGUUACCAUGGCAAAGGGUAUUGGCAAUGGUUUGCCGCUAGGAGCUGUAGUUACAACUCCAGAAAUAGCAAGUGUGAUGAAUCAAAAGAUUCAGUUUAACACUUUUGGUGGGAACCCUGUCUGUUCUGCUGGUGGACUUGCAGUUCUCAGGGUUCUUGAUCAGGAGAAGCGUCAGGCUCAUUGUGCUGAUGUUGGUUCUCACAUGCUUGAGCGUUUGAGAUCGCUUAUGCAAAAACAUGAAAUCAUUGGAGAUGUGAGGGGAAGAGGUUUAAUGGUUGGGGUAGAGUUGGUUACUGAUCGAAAAGAGAAGACACCUGCAAAGUCUGAAACUGCUGUAUUAUUCGAAAAACUUAGAGAGCUUGGUGUUCUAGUUGGGAAAGGAGGACUGCAUGGAAAUGUCUUUAGAAUUAAGCCACCAAUGUGUUUCACCAAAGAUGAUGCAGAUUUUGUUGUGGAUGCCCUGGACUAUGCUAUAUCCAAGUUGUAAGGUUCAACCAGAAAUCAAGAAUGUAAUGCAGACCAUGACUACGGAGCCAUAUUGCUGCAACGAAGCUACACUUGACAAGUUUUUAUUUAUUUCACACCCUUAUCAUUAGAAUGCACUGUUCAGUGUUCACUGAACAAGUUAGUACAAAACCAGUGUUCACCUAUUGCUAAGGGAGUUUUAUUUUCUUAAACCUGUACAUUAUAAACCGAAUGUGGAACUGUGCAUGUAUAUUUUGGAUUCAAUAUCAUCUAAAUGCUCCAUUCAAUCUAAA